AUGAAAAGAAAAAGUAAUAAAACCCUAAUAAGUUGUUGUUUGUUGCCUGUCCUUAAAAGUGUGUUAGGGGACACCAAGACCCCACAUUGGCUACUCAUCUCAGAGACCACAAAGCCCUUAGUUGACCUGUCAUGGUUCCCCACUCCCUCCUCCAUUUCCCCCAUCUCUUUCCUUCUUCUAUAUAUCCCACUUUCUUUUUCCCCAUCCCUAACAACCCAUCUUUCAUCCAUGGAAAAACAACCCCUUGGACUCGAGAUCACCGAGCUUCGUCUCGGUCUCCCUGGCAAUGGCGAAAAAAACGAGAAGAAACGAGCCUACGUUGCCAUUGCAGGCGAAGAUGAACCGACUAGAGACGAGGUCGAGCGAAAGAAUAACAUGAGUAAGGGACAAGUUGUAGGGUGGCCACCAGUGUGUUCGUAUCGAAGAAAGAAUAGUUUUGAAGAGAAAGAGUCAUUGCAUGAGAAUAAGAACUCAAAAAUAUACGUGAAGAUUAGUAUGGAUGGAGCUCCAUUUCUUCGUAAACUUGACUUGGGUUCUCAUAAUGGAUAUUCGGAUCUCGCUCUCGCUCUUGAAAAGCUCUUUGCUUGCUUUGGAACCGGAAAGACAUCGAAACAUGGAAAAGGAUCUGAUUACGUUCCGAUUUAUGAAGACAAAGACGGAGAUUGGAUGUUUGUGGGAGACGUCCCCUGGGAGAUGUUUGCCAAAUCGUGCAAGAGACUCCGGAUCAUGAAGAGAUCGGAGGUCAAAGGGUUCGGCCUGCAAUUUAAGGAUCUAUGAGCUUAAGAAAUAUAUUUUCCUUCAUUUUUAUGACUUUAUUUAGUUUCAAAAUAGACAUAACCGUAAUUCUCAUCAUUAAUGUUAAUUGUUCAGUUUUAUGUUA